GAAAACCAGAGAAUCCCUACAGUGACUCUUGCGCCCAAUUCAAGGGGUCCCUUCGUUGUGGCGUGUUCAGUCAAGGUGCUCCCGUUCUCGACAUUGAGUUUGAGUAAUAAGGGAUGAGGUUUGGACGACUCGAGACUUCCCGCCGGAUGACGUGCCGCCUCAGGGACCACGGGCAGUCCUUCUCCCAUCCCCAGGAACUGGCUGGACCAAAGGUGGCCUGCCCGGAGAGGAUGCAGGAUGGCUCUCCAAGUCACCCAACGGGGGAUGGGUGGAGCACGAGCACGAGCCACCACUCUCGAUAAGGUACCUCAAGGGAAACGAACUGCCUGCCCGCCACAGUUGCUGUUAUCGAUAAGAUAAUAGAGCUACCUACCUACCCGCUCACACCAGGCAGGGAAGGCAUUCCAAGUACCUAUGUACCUUUGUAACGCUCUCUGGGUGCCUGCCUCACCUGUACCUACCCGUACGCGACUACCUCAACAUCACACGCGGCAGUAAUUAUUUCUCAGACUCGAAAAUACAAACGACCUGGGUCAAUUGACAUCACGGAUAAUACAAAGAUCAUGGCAUUUACAAACGAUGCUACGGUCUCGAUCGACCGGAAUUAUCUGGACACCCUCAUCAGAAGGGCUCAAUUGAACACCGACAAUGAUCCUAACUCAAGUUAUCUGACCGUCACCAUUACCCGCGCCGAGCAUGACAUCCUUGUCAAAACGGCCCAAGAAUUCGCGAACUUGCGUCGUAACCUCAUGCGAGGAGGUGUAACUGAAGCUACCCUGGCUGUAUUGACCUGUGACGAGUCCAACUAUCAAGAGGACAAUGUUGAAGGGAAGGUCACUUCACCAUCCGAGGCUCCUCAGAAUGGGAUUCGACGCCCAGUCGGUCAGCCCCGCGUGACGACUGCCACGGCUACGCGAGGAAACCAAGACCCAAGCCGACUUCCUAUCCAGCAACCUGUCAAGCGUGGGUGGGCUGAGGAGCCUGUCAACCUCGAUGAAUCUGAGGCGACAAUCUCUCCCGUUGAGCCUGAGCUCAAGCCUGAACAUGAUUUUGGGGAUCAGAAUGAUUCCCAACUGCCCAUACGGCCUCGGUUCGAGCGUUUGGCCACCAGGACUAUCUUGAUCUCAAACCUCGCCGAAGGCACAACUCACGCUGAUAUCACUGGCAAUGUACGUGGCGGUCAGCUGCUGGACAUCUUCAUGAGACCGUAUGACCGGACUGCCCAUGUGUCUUUCCUGCAUGGCACCGAUGCAGCGGCCUUCCUUGAGCAUACCCGGCGCCAUGAUCUAUACAUCAAGCAGAAAAGAGUUGAUGUUCGAUGGAGUGAUCGGCACUUCACCUUGCCUGGCCAUGUUGCGAGUAAGCUCGGCAUUGGUGCCAGUCGCAAUCUCAUCCUUCGACGAUGCGACCCGAAGCUCACCGAAGAGGAGAUUCGGGAUGAUAUGGAGCACAUCCACAACUUGGUUGUCAUUACUGUCAGUUUCCGAGGCGGAAGCUGUUACAUCAGCACGAACUCUGUGCACAAUGCCAUGUAUGCGCGGACCUGCAUGAUGAGCCGAUUCAAAUACAAGGGAUCCAAAAUCGAGUGGGAUGUCGAUGAAUGUUCGCAGCCCUUGCCUGCCGAACCUCAGCGAGUCCAGACUCAAGUGCCCCCGAUCAGACUCCCAAUGAAUCCCAUGGCCAACCGUUUCGAGCUUUUGAAGUUGGACAAGACUGACGAGGACGAGGAAAACAUCCGGCCGGAGCUUCACACAAGUUCCCAGCGGAAGAUUGUCGUUUGA